UCCAGUAUGCACCUGUGUUGAUCAAGGUGCUUUUGAGCUCAGAAACGCAGACCGAGGCUUUUCCUGGGAGCAAAGACUUUCAUCCAAAGUGGUUCCUGAUGCUCUCAUGGAAGUGGAGGCUCCGUUUCUGUUUUGUUAGCUGAGAGAGCUUGGGGUUGUGUUUUUUUUUUUUUAAAUCUUUUUUAAGCUACAAGAUGAAUAAAGACAGCCGUUGAAUUCUGUAACUGGGGUACUUUUAAAGAAUAUAAACAAAGGAAACUGAAAAUGGCAGUGAGAUUCAAAGACGAGUUCACAGAGAUGGAAGACUUGAAAAUAUGGGAACAAUAUACUAUAACGCUGAACAAGGAUUCCAAGGUGGGAUUCGGGAUUGCUGUCUCUGGGGGCUGGGACAAGCCCAACCCUUCAUCUGGAGAUCCGGCAGUCAUCAUUUCUGACGUGGUGAGAGGAGGGCCGGCCGCAGGGAGGUUACAGACCCUGGAUCACAUCGUCAUGGUGAACGGUGUCUCCAUGGAGAAAGCGACCUCCACCUAUGCCAUCCAGCACCUGAAGAACUGCGGGAGAACAGCCAACAUUACGGUGAAGAGGCCUCGGAUCAUCCAGGUCCCUGUCUCAGCCCCCCGUGUCGUCUCCGAGAAUUCCUCCCGGUCUGAAGACCUGUCCUUGCGGCGCGAUGGCCCCUCCAAUUUUGACAAGGGCUACCCGUCCCCACGGAGGGGGUCCCUGGGGGACAGGGCACCCCGCCCACCCUCUUAUCUCGACUCGGGCAGCAAGAGGAGUUACGACCAAUCUCCUAGCAACUCCACCCCCAGCCCCACUCCCGACCACGAUGGGAACGUCCUGCCGAUGAUGUCAGAAUACAAGAGGCUCCCCAAACACGAGGACCCCUACAAGCCCAUCAAGGCUAUCCUGGUGAAAAACAACCCCAAAGAAGAAUUCGGUCUGAAGCUGGGCAGUCAGAUCUUCGUGAAGUACAUGACUCCCACGGGACUGGCCUCCGAGGAGGGGUCUCUGCAGGAGGGAGACGUCAUCCUGAAGAUCAAUGGGAUAGUGACAGAGAACUUGUCCCUGGAAGACACCAAGCGCCUGGUGGCGAGGUCAGCAAGUAAGCUGAACGUGACAGUCCUCCGUGACGACCGGCAGUUCCUGGUCUGUAUUCCGGAGCUGCAGGACAGCGAUGUGGCGAGCAAUGCCUCCUCUGGACUCGAGGAUAUUUCAGAUCUCGAGUCCGAGUUAACCCUGCCUCCACCUCAGAAGAAAGACAGCCAGGCCAGCAGGGGGCAGCACAGCGAGAGAAUCCGGGCUGAAGCGAUGCAGCCGGACCUCCGGGCAGCACGGUACCCAGACAAGACUGACCACCCAAGAUGGAUCUCCACUGCGGGGCGACAUCCGAAUGGAGACCCCGAUUCGGAUCGCACACCCUCCCCCUCCCCACCCCGAAAAAAAGCGAUCCAGAACAGGGGGCAGCACAGAGACAGAACCCGGGCUGAAUCCGUACAGUCAGCGCGCGACUCCGACAGUGCCAGCGUGCCAAGAGUGCUGCCAGCUGUGAUGAGGCGCCCUGCUGAAGACAAUUCAGAUUCUGAUCGCACACCGUCGCCACCACAGAAAGACAGCAGGGGGCAGCACCGAGACAGAAAACUGCCUACCUCCAAGCAGCUGGAUGUCCGUGAAGCCAGGGAUGCUGACAGGACAAGCUUCCCCAAAUGGAGGCGUCCUACCGAAGAUUUUUCGGACCCUGGCUCAGAAGCCUCCCUGUCCGAACACACGACUUCCCUACCCAGGGAAAUACACAGCCAGGACAGCAGGGGGCAGUACAGAGAGAGGACCCAGCCUCAAUCUACGCACGACUCAGACAGGGAUAGCCUUCCAAGGGAACGCACCCCUUCCCCGCCCCGUAGGGACGACAGCCUGGACAGCGGGGAGAAAUUCAACGGGAGGCUGCCUCCCGCUCCCAAUGGGAGGAUGCUGGCAGGAGUGGAGGUGAAGGAAGCCCCUGCAGUGUGUGCUGAGAAGGAAGAGGAGCCGAUCUACUGCCUGCCCCCAGAAACCCCUCCAAGACAGAGGGCGGAGUUUAGAGAAGAGCCAAACCUGGGGUACAGCUCUGAUCUGAAGCGCAUUGGCUUCGUGAAGGAGGACACCGUGGGGCUGCAGCUGGCCGGAGGGAAUGACGUGGGCAUCUUUGUGGGAGGGGUGAAGCCGGGCAGCCUGGCCAGCUAUCAGGGCAUCGAGGAGGGAGACCAGAUCCUCAAGGUGAACGGUGUUGAUUUUGGCUCCUUCACCCGUGAAGAGGCAGCCCUGUACCUCCUUCAUAUCCCUAAAGGAGAGCAGGUCAUCAUCCAUGCCCAGAGCAAACCGGACAUUUACCGGAAGAUGCUGCAGUCCAACGUGGGCGACUCCUUCUACAUCCGGACGCACUUCGACCAUGAUGGGGAAGGUCCGGGCACCCUGAGCUUCACCAGGGGGGAUGUCUUCAGAGUGUUGGACACCAUGCACCGCGGCAAGCUGGGCUCCUGGCGGGCAGUGCGCAUGAGCAACAUCCUGCAAGAGGCAGACAGGGGCACCAUCCCCAACAAGAGCAGAGCCGAGCAACUCGCCAGCAUGGAGCAGACUCAGAAAAGCAGUGGCAGCAGCAACACCCCUUCCUCCAGGCUCCGCGCUGAGUUCUGGAAGCUCAGGGGCCUCAGAGGGGCCAAAAAGAACAACCGCAAGAGCCGGGGAGACCUGUCGCAGCUCACCAUCCAGGGCAAAUUCCCCCCUUACGAGAAGGUGUUCCUGCAGGAAGCAAAAUUCAAGCGCCCCAUUGUCAUCUUGGGUCCUCUGAGUGACUUUGCAAUACAGAAGCUGUCCACAGAAAUGCCUGCAGAGUUCCAGACCGCGUCAAUGGUACCCCGCAAUUCAGAAGAGGGGUCCUCAUCGGUGAUCAAACUGGAGGCUGUGAGGCAGAUCUCUGAGCAGGACAGACACCCCUUGCUGGACAUCACGCCCUCUGCUGUCGAGCGGUUGAACUACAUCCAGUACCACCCCAUGGUGCUGUUCCUGGACCCGGAGAGCAGGCAGGACGUGAAGGCCAUGAGGCAGCGUCUCUGUCCUGAGUCCAAUAAGAGCUCCCGCCGCCUCUACACUCAGGCUGUCAAGAUGAGAAAGUACUGCCCCCACCUCUUCUCUGCGAGGAUCCAGCUCCUGCCCAAUUCCAAUGUCUGGUUUGAGAUCCUGAAGGACCGCAUCAAGGAGCUGCAGGCCCGACCCGUCUGGUACUCCGAGGACAAGGCUGUGAGCGGAGAGGAGGAGGAGGAUCUCGAUGCUCUGAGUCGCUCGCGCUCCACCGACUACCUGAGCUGUGACAGCCGAGCCACCAGCGAUUACGAGGACACGGACGGAGAGGCGUGCACCGACAACGAGCUGGACGAGGCUUUCGAGGGGCCAGCCCUGGGGCGCUCCUCCGAGCCGGCUCUCCCUGUGCACUUGGAGCCGGCGCUGGCCCGGUCCUCGGAGCCUGCCUGGGAGGAGGAGGAGGAAGACAUCUCCAACAAAGCCUACACCCACAACUACAGUGCCGAGCCUCAGGUCUGGGUCAGUGCACCAGGGGCAGGUGCACGGACCCCCAAGCUGGAAAGCGCCCCACCUGCUCUCCGAGAGUUCCCCGAUCUCAGAGAGGUUCCCAACCAACCAAAACAGCCCAGCUUCUCACAACCUCAGGGACAGCAGCAGAGACUUUUCACGGGUGGGACCUGUGUGUUUUCUAUUACCCCCGCUCUCUUCUGCAGGCCUAUAGACCACCAGGCGGUGCUGUGGAGGCGGCCUCAGAUUAGAGGCAGCAUGAGCUCCGAGGAGGAGGGUAAAGACUUUGACUGGGGGCCAGCCACAGACCUCUAGGACCUUUCUAUAUAACUCCUACUGCUCCCACAGAGAGAGAGAGAGAGAGAGAGAGGUCAACAUCAGCACAAUCUCUUUCCAUUGGGAUGCUGUUGGAUAAGCGUUUUACAAAACUGUAUUUCUCCUUCCAACCCACACUCCCUGCUCAAAGAGUGGAUCGUUCUCUUUUGCCUGCCAGCACUACAUUUUAAGUGAUGAAAAUUCUUCACCCCACCACCACCACCAGAUUGUAGGACUUCAACCAUAAUGAGGUUUGCUGAACUGGGUUUAUAUAUAUAAAAAAAAGGAAAAACUGGACUGGACUGGAAUGGGUCACUAAGACCUGAAGAGGCAAACCCUUGCAAUCCAAUAACUACAAAACAAAAUCCUGCCACCCGAUUGUAAAAUGCACAGAUGAGGUAUUAUUAGUAGCAGUGUAAUCAUAUUAUCAGCUUGGCAGAUUUCUAAAUUCGAUUUAGUCGUGGCAAGGCAUUUGGGGAGGACAGUUCAAGAUUCAUCGUGCCUCCUGUACACUUGCCUCUACGGCCUUCAGGGACUUGCUGAAACUUUUUGAAAGGAGGAUUUAAAAAGCUGCCCUUUUAAAAACAGCUUUUUCACAGGAGCCCACUCUUGUUUGUUUACACAGCUGCUCUGUUCUAGGGCAGCAGGCUUUUCAACUGGCAUUGCAGUGCAUUCUGGUACGUUUCACCUGUCCCGGGGACCUUUCCCAGCAGGACUACACUAACCAGAAUGCAUUGGGGUGUGAGUUACCCUUCAACUGCACCUCCCAGCGAACAUGGACAUGAUAAACAAGCCACAUAACGCAAGGCUUUUUCUCUAAGGGGAACUAAUACUUUGUCUUGCAUUUUAAAAAAAAAAAAAAAAAAAAAACUUUUUCAAACAUACACUGGUGCAUGGAUUUCUAAUAAAUACUCCAGAUUAAUUUUUAACUCUUGUUUUGGAUUGUGGUUCAUUUUGAAUGGAAACACACCCCUGUCGCAUGUACAGUUAACUGUAUGUUCCCUCCAACGGUACCGAUUUUGUCCGGUACAAUACCGGCUGACGGAUCCUCGCAGCUUGAUCGCUUGAACGGAAUUCUGAAAUCCGCUCUGUCCGAACCGACUGACACUAGUAAAAAAAAACGAUAAAGUAACAUAAUUCCUGACUCUAGCUGUGCAUUUUCUAUAGUUUAAAAGCCAGAAUUAUCUUAAAUUUCUGAACCUCCUUCUAAUAACAACAUCAGCAAUAUAGUGUACCUAUUUUCUUCUGUCAAAUGUUGGAAAGUAUUCUUGUCUGUAGCUCAUCCGUAGAGCCAGACGCUUGUUCUAAGGUGUUGCUACGUUGUUUUAAAUGUAUAAGCAGAUCCAGUACUGCAUGGAGUCCAUAUAUAGAUUUAUAGUUACCAAUGUUACCGUCACGCUCAACAUAAUGUGUAUCUCUGCAGUAAUAACUAGGUUAUUAAUGUGUGUUUUAAUAAUGUACUGUACAUGGCACUUUAAGUUCAUUUAAAACCUAGAACGUUUGACAAUAAAAACUAGGAUGAACUGAAAAGAUACGUUUAGUUACAAUAAAAUUACAAGGUAAAAACGGAAAAGAUGUGCUGUGAGACCUGUUUUCAGUUGUAAAACAAAACCUCAAUUAUAGCCUUCCCUUUUCCUGUACUAAAAACUCGUUUCUUGAAAAAGAAAAAAAAAACCUUCACCUCCAAUCGGCGUCCUUGAAUACAGUCACAUGCAUUUUUUUUUUUUUUUUUUUUUUCUAUUUGCAAGUAAGUGAGCGGAAGAAUGCGUCGCUUCGACCAGCAAGGUGGCACGGUGCAAUAGCAGGCGGGAUAGCCAGUGCUAGCGCUCUUAACACCGAACAGCUUGUGUGAC